AAGCGGAGGGAGGACUGGGGCGCGGCCCUACCACUAGCUCCAGAGGGAGGGGGGACCUGUCAGGAAAGGAGGAAGGACAAGGGGUCUACCUAGAGCAGGGCAGUGCUGCCGAGGCAGUGGUUCCUCGGGAGCCCGCCGAAGGAGGACUUCCACGGGCUAGAGUAACUCGUGUAGGCCAGGCCGGCCGGCUUUUCGUUGGGCGCAGGAGCAUCCCCCCUGCCCGCAUUCCCGAGGUGGUUCGGCCCGAGAGGCCGGCGUCUCUCCCCCAGUUUGCCGUUCACCCGGAGCGCUCGGGACUUGCCCGUAGUGGUGACGGCGGCAACAUGUCUGUUGCGUUCGCAGCCCCGAGGCAGCGAGGCAAAGGGGAGAUCACUCCCGCUGCGAUUCAGAAGAUGUUGGAUGAAAAUAACCAUCUUAUUCAGUGUAUAAUGGACUAUCAGAAUAAAGGAAAGACUUCAGAGUGUUCUCAGUAUCAGCAGAUGUUGCAUACGAACUUGGUCUACCUUGCUACAAUAGCAGAUUCUAAUCAAAAUAUGCAGUCUCUUUUACCAGCACCACCCACACAGAAUAUGCCUAUGGGUCCUGGAGGGAUGAAUCAGAGCGGCCCUCCCCCACCUCCACGCUCUCACAACAUGCCUUCAGAUGGAAUGGUAGGUGGGGGUCCUCCUGCACCACACAUGCAGAACCAGAUGAACGGCCAGAUGCCUGGGCCUAACCAUAUGCCUAUUCAGGGACCAGGACCCAAUCAACUCAAUAUGACAAACAGUUCCAUGAACAUGCCUUCAAGUAGCCAUGGAUCCAUGGGAGGUUACAACCAUUCUGUGCCAUCAUCACAGAGUGUGCCAGUACAGAAUCAGAUGACGAUGAGUCAAGGGCAACCAAUAGGAAGCUAUGGCCCCAGACCAAAUAUGAAUAUGCAACCAAACCAAGCUCCAAUGAUGCAUCAGCAGCCUCCUUCUCAACAAUACAAUAUGCCACAGGGAGGUGGGCAGCAUUAUCAAGGUCAGCAGCCUCCUAUGGGAAUGAUGGGUCAAGUUAACCAAGGCAAUCAUAUGAUGGGUCAGAGACAGAUUCCUCCGUAUAGACCACCUCAACAGGGCCCACCACAGCAGUACUCAGGCCAGGAAGACUAUUAUGGGGACCAAUACAGUCAUGGUGGACAAGGUCCUCCAGAAGGCAUGAACCAGCAAUAUUACCCUGAUGGUCAUAAUGAUUACGGUUAUCAGCAACCGUCGUAUCCUGAACAAGGCUACGAUAGGCCUUAUGAGGAUUCCUCACAACAUUACUACGAAGGAGGAAAUUCACAGUAUGGCCAACAGCAAGAUGCUUACCAAGGACCACCUCCCCAGCAGGGGUACCCGCCCCAGCAACAGCAGUACCCAGGCCAGCAGGGCUAUCCAGGCCAGCAGCAGGGCUACGGUCCUUCACAGGGUGGUCCAGGUCCUCAGUAUCCUAACUACCCACAAGGACAAGGUCAGCAGUAUGGGGGUUAUAGACCAACACAGCCUGGACCACCACAGCCACCACAGCAGAGGCCUUAUGGAUAUGACCAGGGACAGUAUGGAAAUUACCAGCAGUGAAAAAGUACUUACAUUCCAAUAGCCAGUAUCUAUUAGCAGCCAUAUUGUCACCUCAGCACUGUGGACACAUCUGUGUGAAGAGAUCCUUCCAUUCCAUCUAGUUUCUGGGAAAACCUUGUGGAUAAGUGGCUGUUUCAUCAGUAAGCAGCCUUUGUGGCUUAGUUGUAACAAGGCUUUAGUAGCUAAAAAAUACUCUUGAUUUCACAUUUCUACUCUAGAUGGCAACAUUGGACAGAAAAUACAAUGACAUAACCAAUUUGCAAUGAUUUGGGAACUGUGUUUCAAAUGGACUGUUACAGACUGAAAGGUGUGAACAGCUUUGUAUGUUUAUGAAGGUUAAGGGAAUUUAAUACUUUUCCACAGAUUCUUUUGUAAGGGGAAGAGGGAAAUGUACACUUUUUACAGCAGCAAUAUUUUGUAUAUUAUGUUUAUUUCAUGUGAAUAUGCAAGGCGGUACACUACGCAUUGGACAGAAUCAGAAAUCCUCUGUUGAUGUGGAUUGGAGCAUGGUGGAUGCUUGAUUGUGUUGGUCUCAAAAUGGUGUACUAUAAAAGAUAAAGGUGAGGGAGAAGACAAAGCACACCAUAUGUCCACUAUUAUGUUCUUUAGAGGAAAUUCAGAUCCCUUUUAUCUGUUAGAUAAUCAAGGGCACUGUGAUAGUUUUGAGUAAAAGACAUUUUUUAAAAGCUUUCCAGUUUUGUGGAUUAAAACCUUUUUAUAAAGAUCAUUUAUAAUACAGUUUUAAAAUGUGAGGCAAUAAGAAUUACUUCAUGUGGGAUCUGAAGAAUCUCGGUAGCAGUUUCAUGUAAAGGAAGUGGAAAUUCUCUCCUAAAAUAGCAAUAACUGAAAAUGGAAGUGUUAAUUUUACUUCGUUUGAAUAAUAAGGGAACUUAGUGAAUAAUAUCAAAGCAUUUUUUAAAUGAUAUCAAAGAAGAGUCAACAUUGAUCCAGUAAGUUUAUUUUUUAACAUUAGAAGGAUAAUUGGUUUAUAAAAUAGAGUAGUUCAGAAUACUUUACAAACCUUUAUUUCAACUUUGUUCACUGGAAAUAAUGCCAUUUAUAAAAGGACACAUUCAAACUUUCCCCUUUUUUAUGUUGGUUCAUAUAACACAAAGAGAUGUUUAGGAAGAUGCUCAUUGGUGAGGUUUAUUCUGAUCUGUAUUAAAAGCAUAGAGGUUGCUUUCUACAUCAUUUUGUUUAUUAGCAUGGCAUAUUUAAUCAUAUUUGAGACUGUCCCAUGCCUGAUUAUUUUAGCUAAAUUCAGGGAUAUUGCAUUGGGCAGGAAAUCAUGCAUUGUGAAGUUUAUAACCACAAUUAUUAAAGCAUAAUCUGAAAACAUCUAGCCCAAAGGUAAGUUGCUAUUUUCAUCACAGUUGCCUAUGCCCAGGGAAUAAGAUGUAUUCUUUACAAUUGAAUUGGUUUUUCCCACUUCUAACUGGAAACAAAACAGAAGGGGUGCCAUAAAUUUGAAUAAGCAAAAUGUACUGUUCUCAACAUACUGUAAUCAAAAGGAAUUUUAAUAUGUUUCUGUGUGUGUAUGAGAGAGAGUGUGUGUGUUUUAAGGUCAGCAUAGAAUUUUUUUCAACUUGGUCAGUAGAAAAUGGACAUCAAGUUUGAACAGAUAAAGCAUGGACAGCCUUAUUGUGAUUGAAAAUGCUUAUAGGUUCUGUGCCAAUUUUCCACCACUGUGUACUUUUGUUGCUAUUUAAAACUGUAUCAACUCUAACGGAAGAAUAAAUUAUUUGUGAUUUUAA